UGACGUUUGACACUCACGAAUGUAAACACAUUGAUUGAUUGAUUGUAUGUAUUUUUAUCAUACCAUUAAUUCAUAUUUCAUUGUUUCGGGAGCAUAGUUGGAUAUGGAUCAAGAAACAGCGAAAAAGCUGCUAGUGGAAGGGGGCACGUUUGUAUUCUUGAGAGUCCCUUCAGAAACCCAGUUUGGCAUCGAUAUGCAGUGCUGGAACACGGAGGAAGAUUUUCGUGGCGUUAAAAUGAUUCCUCCAGGCUUACAUUAUGUUCAUUACUCUGCUGUCAGUAAAGGUACUGGCGAUAUUGCACCUAGAUCUGGCUUCAUGCAUUACUUUCACAAAAAAGAAUUUCUUGUGAAAAUGUGGGACAAAAAAACUGAAGAUUUGAGCAAGGAAGAGAUCAGUGAUGAGAGCAUCCAACGUUUGAAAGAUAAUUUAUUUAAUUUGGACCGACAUCUUGCUCCAUAUCCAUAUGAAAUAUGGCAGAAGUGGAAGUUACUGUCUUCACAGAUCACUGCUGAACUAGCAGCAAAAUUGGCACCAGAAAGUGGAAUGAUAAGAGCAUCAGUUGAGCUUUUAUCGAUGACUGAUGCAGAAAGACCAAGAGGAGUCAAGUCUUCAUCUAGUUCAAUAAGUCAGGAGAAUGAAAAAUCUCCCACUAAAGAGGAUUUCAGUGAAGAACAGAUUGCCGGACACUCAAGUGCUAAGAGAGCUAAAAGAAUCACAAGGGAAGAGAAAGAAAAGUCAUUGUUACCAGAUUUGAAACCAGUUCCAGGAGCUGCUAUGAGAUUCACAGAAAUACCUCAAGAUAAAUAUCCACCGGAUGCAACACCAGAGGAGAUCACGAAACAUUACUUAGAUCAGUCAUACUCAUUAGAGCUCAUGAUAGCACAGCAUAAUGAACCUCUACACAUCAUAGGAGAACUGCAAUUCGCAUAUUUGUGCUUUUUGAUUGGGCACUCCCUAGAGGCUUUUGAGCACUGGAAGAGCCUCGUCAUACUCAUAUGUUCGUGUGACGAGGCCAUACACAAAUACAGAAGUGUUUUCUUUCACUUCAUUAGGACUAUUGAGGUGCAAAUCGAAGAGAUGCCCGAAGAUUUCUUAGCCGAUAUAGUGAUGAAUAAAAAUUUAGUAUACAAGAAACUCCGUGAGUUUUUCCGCACGGCUUACGUAAGCAAAGUCGACGGCAGACUUUUGACGAUGAUUGAACGCUUCAAAGAUAACCUGACCGACAAAUUGCAAUGGGAUUUCACUGGUCUAGACGCUGACGAUGAAGACGAGAGGCCGGUCGUAGUGAAACUCGACGAUGGAACUCAAUAGAUUAUAUUUAAUGGCUCCUCUUCACAAUCGGCCAUGAUAGGCCAACAAACAAUCGUCCAUCAUCGCCGCCAUGAUGGGGCAACUCUCCACACAAUCGUGAACGUUUAUUUACUGACUGUCUACUGAUAUGUUAAGACGUCUAGGUAUCGAUGAUGGAAAUCGAGGAGAUCGCGGCUGCGGCAAUAUUUUUAGUUCUAUAUAGUCUAUAUAGUCAUUUAGUUAAUGUGCGCGAAAAAAGAAUCGUGAAAACUUUUUUUUCUUAAAUCCCUCUUGUAGACAGACGGAGUCGCCCAUGGACUUCAGCAAUGCAAGAUGAAAGAAGAUAAGGUGGUGGGUGGUGGUUAUCAAUCGGACCAAAACAAGGUCCACGCAACCAUAGUUUUAAAGUGGACACAAUUGACACACAUUCGAGACAACUACAUCCUGACUAAUCGGCGAUGGUGUGGACGCUCACACAAUCAUGGGCCAUCAUUCUUUUGAUCUACCGCCACAACGCCGAUUGCGCACGAUCAUACGCGAUGAUGGCCGAUCACACACAUUUAUGCCCUCUACACUAUCUUGAGUUUCUAUAAUCGCCCAUCAUGGCCCAUUGUGAAGAGGAGCCAUAAGGACGGUUUUCAUAUUUCAUUUAACUUGGAUGAUCUGUGCAACCGACACUUUCCAAGGUAGAUGAUAUUAUCCUAAUUGUGUACUGUGUACAUGUAGAACCAAUUUUAUGAUAUUAUUUAUUAGUUCAAUCGUUCAUAGUAACAAAUGUUUGAUUACAUUAAAAAAAAUUGUUUACUUUAAAAACUUUUCUGAAUGUUUGUAAAUUUCCAAAAAGAAAUUUAUCAUAUGUUCUGUCUAUCAAAAUCAAAUUUAUCAUAUUAUAUUCUAUCAAUAUACUGCAAGGUUGAAAACUUUUGCAGUGGUUUGAUUACGUAACAACAUUAAGUUCAAUGUGUUAUGACGUCACAGAUCAGUAACUUUUAUUACUAAUUUACAGACUGCAUGGGGCUAAAGAAUUAGUUUUUUUUACUCAAUACACCGAAUCCAUAACUAGUUAGAAUAAGAAAUAUUACAAAUAGAUUUUUUUAAAUUAGUUAUAUACAUAAACAGCAAAAUUCCCUAUAAUGGGUAUAAAGGUUCUUACAUAAUGUAGACCGGCUGUUUGGGAAUUCGAAAACUUUUUGACAAGGUUUUCAAUAUUUACAUACCUUAAGAAUAGUUACGAAAAUGUGUGAUCAAAGAGUAAUGGUAAUUAUAAGAAUUAAUAUAAUUUAUAAAAAAUAUUUUUUGUAUCAUAAUUUUUCAAAUUAAAUAAAUGGUACCUGUAAACAA